AACAGUGGGCAUUAUUAAUGGUGUGUGUUUUGCCACAACCGCCUCAGUCCGUCUGCGCUUAGAGCCAGCAAGGCAGCUCAAAGUACACAGAGGAACAUUGCUGGAACGUGAACGCCGCUGGAAUUACCUCCAAAAAGAGCUGGAAAUUGAAAGUACAGGCCUUAACGGCUACCAAGUCUUCACCGGGGAUUUGCACAGCUCAUUUCUGUCAUGGAGUAAUUCCUGGAAAGGUAUUGUGGACCGUGUUUUCUCAUGUGAAGGAGUGAUGAUGUUGAAGCCAUCCGCCCAUAAACAGACGUUAAGCCCAUGACUGGAAACCAUGAAGCAGCCAGGAAAGUGACCCAGGCGGACACCACAGCCUGAGUGUGCCAUUCACUGGCACCAUGGCAUCCAACGAGAGACUGUACGAAGUCUGGAUGCUCUACUGCACCAAGAGGGAUCCAGACUACCUGAAGAUUUGGCUGGAGACUUUCAUCAACUCCUACGAGCAAUGCCUUGACGUGGACUUUGAAAAGCUUCCUUCAAGGCCAGAGGAGAUCCCACCAGUGUUGACACUCCUUCCAGACAACAUCCUGCAGGUUUUGCGCCAUCAGCUGCUGCAGUGUGUGCAGAAAGCCUCUGAUGGCCUGGAGCCGGAGCAGCAAAACCUGGCACUUCUGCUCCUCAAGUUCCUUAUCAUUAUCUGCAGGAACCUGUCCAAUGUUGAGGAGAUUGGCACUUGCUCAUACAUCAAUCACAUCAUCACCAUGACAACACUCUACAUUCAGCAGCUGAAGAGCAAGACCAAGGAGAAGGAGAUGGUAGACCAGAGUCAGGCUGAAGAGUUUGUCCGUCAUGCGCUGGCAUUCUGUGAGAGCCUCUAUGACCCGUACCACAACUGGAGGCAUCGGACAUGCGGAGAGCAGCUGGGAACAGUAGAGAGGAGCAGGCAGAAGUACAAGGCAGCUCCGCUCACGGUUGAGUUUGUUCCUUUCUUUUACCAGUGCUUCCAGGAGAGCGAGCACCUGAAGGAGAGUCUGAAAUGCUGCCUGCUACACCUGUUCGGAGCCAUAGUAGCUGGGGAUCAGAGGAAUGCUCUGCUUGCUAUCUCUCCAGCCACCAUGGAGGUGUUGAUGCGGGUGCUGGCCGACUGCUCCAUGGGUAGCUGCUCUUCAGAUGAGGCGGAGGACUGGGACAGCGAGGCCCCCGACCGGAAAGCCCUGCUGACUUUGGGCUGCCUGAGGGAGGUGGUGCAACGUCUCCUGGCCUCCAGCUCCGACCAGCGACAGGUGGAAAUCGCCUCGGUGCUGGAAAACUAUUUCAAGCUGCUCAACUCUGACCCAGCGGCUGUAGUUGCUGCUCGACAACAGCAGCAGCAACAAGCCAAAGGCCGGGUUCCGACACUGGGCCGACACUGGGAAAGCCGAUUUGUGGCGCUACAAGUGCACAUGCUAGACACUAUCAGGGACAUGUUCCUGUGUUCAGACAGGCCAGUUCUACAAGCCAUCUUUCUCAACAGUAACUGUUUUGAGCAUCUGACACGACUGCUGCAGAACAGCAAGCUGGUUAAUGCUAGGUGCACCGCGCCAGACAAGGACCAGAAAGAUAUAACCAACAACAGGUUACAGACAGGAGAGGGGGACACUCAGGUGAUUCAGGGGCGACUCGACUCCCUUGCUGUGGCAACCAUCAAAGCCCUGACAACAGUGAUGCACAAGUCACCAGCUGCAAAGGAGGUUUUUAAAGAGAGGAUUGGUUACAAUCAUUUAUACGAAGUGAUGAUCACACUCGGCCAGCCGUCCCGGCACCUUCUCAAAGAGCUGAUGAACAUGGCAGUGGAGGGUGAGCACACCUCAGUAGGCCUGCUGGGCAUCAGUAACGUGGAACCGUUGCUGCUCUUGGUCCAGUGGCUUCCAGAGCUGGACUCACCUGAACUGCAGCUCUUCACGGCGGAUUGGCUCCGCCGCCUCUGCUGCCUCAACCGUCAGACCCGGGCCACCUGUGUCAAUGCUACCAUGGUCAUGCGCGCUUUAGCUGCUCUGGAGCGUCACGAACGGCUAAACAGAGCUUGUGCUGAAAGCCUGUUUGGAUUAGUGGGAUCGCUGGGCUCUCAGUCGUUGAGCAGCAAGGAACUGCUGGGACUUCUGCGUCUCCUCAGGCCUACGGAGUCCAACCAUGCACAUCCUUAUGUAGGUCCAGCCCUGAGAGCGCUCCUAAUUAUGGUUCGGAAGCAGGGAUUAGAGUGUGCCAUGCAGUACUUUGAUCUGUCACCCAGCAUGGCCGGCAUUGUGGUCCCAGUGGUGCAGCGCUGGCCAGGGUCUGCCUUCAGCUUUCUUGCCUGGUUGUCUCUGGACCAGGACCAGCUGGGACCGAUCAGCAAAGACAAAAGGAAACAACUCUACAGCUUUUUUACCCCUGGAGGGACGGGGUUUGAGGCCUUUAUCAGCUCAGCAGGUGUCCUGGUGGUGGCUGUGUGCACAAAGAAGGAGUACGUCACCGUCAUGUUGCCUGAUUACUGCUUCUGUGACUCCCUCUGGCACAGCGUUGGUGUGGUGCAUGUACCUGGAAAGAGGCCGUUUGGACAGAGUCAGGUCUACAUUUAUGUGGAUGGUCAGCAGAAAUUGUCCGCCCCCCUCAAAUACCCCACCAUGACAGAACCGUUCACUUCCUGCUGCAUCGGCUCAGCAGGCCACCGCACCACCACUCCUCCUCCCUCCCAAAUCCCAGACCCUCCCUUCUCCUCCGCCACCACGCCCAGUACCCGCUCCUCCCUGGGGGGUAUCCUCUCGCCGCAGACCUGGGGAGGGCUACUGGGGGGAAAGCCAGAGUCUGUGACUAAGCUGAUUUCAGCUGGGACCCAGGACAGUGAAUGGGGAAGCCCAACGUCCCUGCAGGGCCAGCUUGGAAGCGUCAUGGUGUUUCAUGAACCCCUGCAGCAAAACCACAUAAAAGCCAUCUGUAGUGCUGGUCCAAACUGCAUCUCUCCUUUUAAAGCCCAGGAAUCAGAACUUGGUGAUCUUUCAGCCAAACUGCUGCUGCACUACUCUCCCAAGGCAUGUAGAAACCCAAUCUGCCUGGAUCUGUCCCCAAACAUGCUGCAUGGACGCCUGACAGGGAGAAAAGUUAUCAACUGGGAUAUCAAGGAUAUGAUCAACUGCGUUGGUGGCCUCCCAGUGCUAUUCCCAAUACUGGAGCAGUUGGCCUUGGUAACCCCUGACCAGCAGACCAGUGAUCCUGCAGCUGGAUCAGACUUCAUCACCCCUGAUGUUGUGACACCAGCUGAUGGAGACUGGGUCAUUCUUCCAUCUAACAGGGCUUCAGAAGCACGUCUGGAGAAGAAUCUGGUGGCAACUUUCCUUCUAGUGCUGAAGCAUUUCCUGCAGAGACACCUGAUCAACCAGGAGAAUCUGCUCCACUCACAUGGUGUGGGAACACUGGGAGUUCUGCUGCAGAAGCUUCCAGCAGGUCACGUGGACGUCAGCGUGCUGGUUGCGAUGCAGCUGUUAAUAGAGCAGGUGACUUUUGAGAAGAACCAGUCUUUGCUGCAGCAGCUUCACACACAUCUGCUGUUCAAUUUCAACAUCUGGAACAAAGGAGACUUCCCUCUACGCAUAGGUCACAUCCAGUACAUGUCCACCAUCAUCAAAGACAACAGGAAGCAGUUCAGGAAGAAAUAUGGAGUUCAGUUCUUGUUGGACACCAUGCGCCUCUAUUACGGGAAAAACGGUAGCAAAGAGAAUGACUUGAGCGAAGACGACCUUCGUACCAUCCGGGCAUCUCUGUGUGGCCUCAUCAAGUACUACAUCAGCAAGGGCAUGUCCCAGGAGGAGAUGCUCAGCAUUCUGGGAUACACGGCUGCCAUCGGGGAUGAAGAGCAGCUGUGUGGUCUCCUGGAGUUGUUACUCAGCCUGCUUCAGAGCAGUCCGGCCAAAGACCAGCUCUUCUUGCUCCUCUUCGAGCCUGCAGCUGCCGACUCCUGCUACACUCUUCUUCUCAAUAACAAAUACUCAGAUCGACUCAGAGAGCUCGUCUUCAAGCUGUUUGAACGCAUGUUACGCUGCGAUCGGGUUUAUGAGAAGAACAAACAGCGGCUGCGCCUCAGGGAGGCUGGUUACGCCGGUCUGUCGCUGCUUUUCUCAGAGCUUCAGAUCACUCCCACCCUUAUCCGCUGCCUCCUCAAUCAAAUCCUCCACACAGAUCAAGUUGUGAACUAUAAGGACCUGAUGGCUCUGGUCCAGCUGACCCACCGGGCCGGAGCCAGCGUACGCCUCAUUGUCUGCAAGAGGGUGUACCAGCUGCUUCAGUCCAAUCAGGAUGCUGCUAUCCAGAUCUCAAAGCAACAGUGUUGGCAGGACACCCUGAUGCGUCUGUAUCUACGAGGUGAAGGCUCUCUGCCUCUUCGCAGCUCUGACACCGUCAGCGCUUGCAGCCUGGACCUGAACCGGAGCGCCAACCGCCUGGAGCUCCCGCUGGACAGGAGGGCACGGGCAGGCAGCCACGGGCGCCUGGACCGGCUGGACGACGACCGGCUCAGCAUCGGCGACACCCGCUCUGUCGACAGCCUGGAAAACGGCGAUGUCAUCUCUCUGCUGGACACGCCGUCUUCCUCCGCCUCCACUGAGCCUCAGCCUAACGCCAAACCCUGGGUGUUGGGAAAGUCUGGGGGCUUGAUGCUAGAUCUGUCACACCUGCAGGCAUACGAGGGCGGGGAGAGCGGCAGCCAGACCCCUGGAAGCAUGCCCAGUACACCUUCACCACUGGAGACCUCAAAGCCUUUCCCUGGGUGCUCUGGUGAUCGAGAUGCAACUUCAUCUCUGACUGAAGACAGCUUCCUGUUUAGUGAUAACAUCUCAUUGGGGGAGUCCAUCAACAAUACUGAGAGGGCGGAAGAGGAGCUGUGCAACAUGCUGCUGGAGAUCGUCCUGGGUGUGAUGUGGCGAGGCGUCGAGGGAUCCGAUGAUUCGGCGUGGCUGGAACGUGGUCAGGUCUUCUCAGCUCUUACUAAACUUGGAACUGCCAACGAGCUGCUGCUUCCUGUCGACCAAAUCAAGCUCAGUUUAAUGGAGCGCAUGUUGGAGUGGGCGGUGAGUGAUAACCGUGAAGCAUCCACCGCUACGUUGCCGCAGCACACGGAGAACGCAGUUCGGUUGCUCCAUAUUGUCCAAGACUUCCUACAGGCUGAGGGUUUGGUCAAUCCAGCGCUGUGGACAGAGAAGGUGUUGGAGGAGACCAUGACGCUGAUGGAUUGCCUCAUGGUGUGGUACUCUUCUGGCACUCAGUGGUUCCACCUCUCCCAAGUUGGACUAAGACUGCUUCUAGGCUUCAUGGCCCAGGAAGACCCUGAGGUGUGCUCUAUGGCCACCGCCAAGCUCAACGGUAUCCUGCAGACCAAGGAGGUGUCGAGCCAGGACGAAGCCUGCUACCUGUUGGGAAAGGUGGAGGGAAUCCUGCGGCGCUCCAUUCAGGAGCAGACCGAGGAGAUGUACUCCUUCCUGGUUCCACUGCUGCGAACGCUGCUUUCCAAAGUCCACCGCCUCCUCUACAUGGAGCUGCACCUGCCUUUGCUCCCCGACACCAAUGGAAGUCCAUCCUUCUUUGAGGACUUCAAGCUGUACUGUAAUUCACCUGAGUGGCGCGUAUACCUCGACAAAUAUAUUAUUCCUUAUAUGAAGCAGUAUGAAAUUGAGACGUUCAGUCAGGGUCAUGAGACCAUGGCUCUGUACUGGAAAGAGUGCUACGAGGCCUUCAUGGUUAGCUUACAUAAACGAGAAAGAGAGAGGGGUGAGAGCAAGAUCUGCUUUCAGGAACAAUUUGUGGAGCCUUUCUCACGCCGUGGUCGCCAGGAGAACCUACGCUACAACAGCAUGUUGAAGCAGCAGCACAGCCAGAAUAGCGCCACCCUCAGGCAGUGGAAGGCAGCGAGGCGGGGGCUGGUGUGUGAGAGAGGACCGUGGGCUGACAGAAAACAGGAUGAGAUGCACUGGAGGGUGUCCAGUGCUGAGAACUUCUCCCGGAUGAGGCUGAAGCUGGUCCGCAAUUACAUCUUCGAUAUGCACAGAGAGGCCAGUGCACUGAGAGACAACCUAGGCGUCCAUCAGCAGCGCGUGAACCCUGAGUCUCUGCUGCUGGAGGCUGUGAAGCAAGUCAAAGUCAGUGACCUGGAAGACGACAUCUUAGAGCUGCCGGAGGAUGACCCGGCUGCUGCCAACAACCAGGCUGAAGCAGAGGAGGCAGGUCAGAAGGAAAAACUGGUCCUGUUGGAGGACUGUGAGCUGGUGACAGUGGUGGACGUGGUCCCCGGCCGUCUGGAGCUUACCACUCAACACAUCUACUUCUACGACAGCAGCCAGGAGAAAGAGGAGGGAGUCGGCCACGACUUUAAAUGGCCCCUGUCGCAGAUUCGAGAGGUCCACCUCAGACGAUAUAACCUGCGUCGCUCAGCUCUGGAGAUUUUCCUCAUCGAUCAGACCAAUUACUUUCUCAACUUCAAAAAAGAGGUGAGGAACAAGGUCUACAGCCGCAUGCUGAUGCUGCGAUCUCUCAGCCUCUAUGGAACCCGCUCACCACAGGAGCUCCUCCGAGCCUCUGGCCUCACACAGAAAUGGGUGAACCGGGAGAUUUCCAACUUCAACUACUUGAUGCAGCUCAACACAAUUGCAGGCAGAACAUACAACGACCUCGCUCAGUACCCAGUGUUCCCGUGGAUUCUAGCUGACUAUAUAUCAGAGGAGCUGGACCUCUGUGAUCCUCGGGUUUUCAGGGACCUGUCAAAGCCGGUUGCAGUGCAAACCGAGCGUAAUGCCAAGGCAGUGAGAGAGAAGUAUGAAAGUUUUGAAGACCCGACAGGAACCAUUGACAGGUUUCAUUACGGCACUCACUACUCCAACGCCGCCGGAGUGAUGCACUACAUGAUCAGAGCCGAGCCCUUCACCUCCCUCCACAUCCAGCUGCAGAGUGGGCGGUUUGACUGCGCUGACCGCCAGUUCCACUCCAUCCCAGCAACGUGGCAGACCCUCAUGGACAACCCCAACGACGUCAAGGAGCUCAUUCCCGAGUUUUUCUACUUCCCAGAAUUUCUUGAAAACCAGAAUGGUUUUGAUCUGGGUCGCCUGCAGAUUUCUAAGGAAAGGGUGAAUGAUGUUGUUCUGCCCAAGUGGGCCAAAUCCCCCGAGGACUUCAUCUACAAACACCGCAAAGCUCUGGAGUCGGAGUACGUCUCAGCUCACCUUCAUGAGUGGAUCGAUCUCAUCUUCGGUUACAAACAGAGGGGCCCUGCAGCAGUGGAAGCGCUCAACGUGUUCUACUACUGCACAUACGAGGGGGCCGUGGACUUGGAUGCCAUCACUGACGAAAAGGAGCGAAAAGCUGUCGAGGGCAUGAUCAGCAACUUUGGUCAGACUCCCUGCCAGUUACUGAAGGAGCCCCACCCAGUACGUCUGUCCCAGGAGGAAGUGGAGAAGAGAAAGGCUCAGCUGGAUUCUUGUCCUCUCAACAUGUUCGAACACCUCGGUGAUCUCAAGUCCUUCUUUGUUGAGGGCAUCAGUGAUAACGUCCCGCUGGUCAAAGCUGUGGUGCCAAAGAAUCAGUCACAUUCCUUCAUCACUCAGGGGAGCCCCGACACAAUGGUUACAAUGAGUCAGAACUGUCUGGUUGGGACUCAUGGGUGGCUACCUUACAACAAGAACAUUUCCAACUACUUCACCUUCAUCAAGGACCCCACCGUGUCCAACACCAAAACCCAGCGUUUCCUUUCGGGACCCUUUGCUCCCGGUGUGGAGGUAGCAGCAGGGUUGUUUGUCGUGUCCCAUGAUGGAAAGCUGCUUUUCAGUGGCGGACACUGGGACAACAGCCUUCGCGUCACUUCACUGGUCAAAGGAAAGACGGUGGGACAGCACAUCCGACACAUGGACAUUGUAACCUGCUUGGCUACAGACCACUGCAGCAUUCACCUGAUCUCUGGGUCCAGAGACACCACCUGCAUGGUGUGGCAGGUUCUGCAGCAGGGUGGAGCUCCUGUAGGUCUCUACCCCAAACCGAUCCAGGUGUUGUAUGGACACACAGAUGAGGUGGUCAGCGUCGGUAUCAGCACAGAGCUGGAUAUGGCUGUAUCUGGUUCACGAGACGGGACGGUGAUCAUCCACACGGUGCGUCGAGGUCAGUACAUGCGCUGUCUGCGACCACCUUGUGACAGCUCCCUGCCGCUGUCCAUCCUCCACCUGGCCGUGUCCUGGGAGGGACACCUGCUGGUUCAUACGUGUCUGGAGGGCAAAGCAACGCUUAAAGAUAAAAACACCCUCCAUCUUUACUCUGUAAAUGGAAAACACCUCUGCAGUGAGCCUCUGAAGGAGCAGGUGACGGAUAUGUGCGUUUCGGGCGAGUAUGUGAUCAUCGGCAGUGAGCAGGGGUAUCUGUCCAUCCGUGAUCUUUACAGUCUGUCUCUGUGUGCUGAGCCCAUGGCCAUGCGGGUGCCGGUGCGCUGUGUCUCCGUCACCAAAGAGCAGAGCCACGUGCUGGUGGGCCUGGAGGACGGCAAGCUGAUCAUCGUGGGCGUGGGCAAGCCGGCGGAGGUAAAGAACUCGCUGCGGAACUACAUCGCUCAGAGCCUUGAGGGGUCCCCACUCAUGGCUUCCCCCCUGCUGGCCCCCCUCCGGGCUCGAUCUCCAACCCGCCUGAUCCACCAGCGUGAUCAGCUGGUGUUCAGCCCCACUUCCAGCUCUCAGAAACCCUAGCAUCCAUAGCCCCCUUCACUCCCUUUACACAUUCACUCACACAUGAAACGUCCUGCUCGUAUCUUCCAUGCUCGAAGCUCGUCUCAGCGUCUUCGGAAACCUUUUCAGCCCGCAGUCACCUCUCCGUCUCAGGGAUGGUUGUCAUCCACAGCCAGUCGCUGCAAACACACAGCUGAGCAGAGGCAGCAGCCGUUCGAGCCACAACUGUGAUUUACCUCAUCCUUUUAUUUGAAAUAUUUGACAUCUGUUAUGGUUUACUUGAGUUGACCUGAAACAGACUUCAUCUGAUGCUGUAAACCUUAAGUGUUAUUACGAUCUGUGCUUGCUCUUCAGACCCUGACGGUAUGCUGUGAAACAAACCUAACACGAAUUAGCGUUUCUGCAGACUCAAGCCAUAUUAACAGACUACUAAUAAUCUUGUGCCAAGACGUUUAAAUAAUGUAAAUAGUGUUAGAAUCGAUGUUUGAGGCAGUCGCUGUCUGAGUAUUUAGAUCUGAACCUUUUGCACUUUAUUGCUUUUCAUCUUUUCUGCUCAAAUUGACUCUAAAGUGAAUCAAGCUUUAUUUUUUUUUCAGCUUUGACAAGUCAGUCAAGCUCUGAUUAACUUAGCAAUCACUCAUGAAUCAUAUCCCUCCUCCUUCUUUUGUUUUCUUUGACUUCACACUUUUCUUUCCCCAUCCUCCCCCCCUCCUUCCUCCUCCUCUCCCUCCAAAUUUUCCCAGAUGCGUUCCAGCCAGAUCACUCGGAAGCUGUGGGGCUCCAGCAAGAGACUGACUCAGAUCUCCUCGGGCGAGACGGUGUACAACCCCCAGCACGACAACAGCCGACCCCUUCCCAGUCCCUGAGCCCUGAAGCGUUCCCACAUUCCUUUCAUGCUUCCACAGUUUUCCUCUUUUUGUUUGACUCCCUUUAAUUCCUCCAUUACUUCCCUUUAGUUUUAUCAGGUGGAGGCUGGAAAUCUGCAUGUGUGUUUUCCUGCUUUGGAUUAGCGCUGGCGCCUCAGGUAAAACACACCGCUGCUUCCCUCCUCAUCCUUCAUCACUUCCGCAUCAGUCAGUCUGAUUUAAACAGAACAGCCCUUCCUCUGUGUGGGUGAAGCGAAUCGCCAUGCGUCUGAAAACAUAGCUUCAAGUGGCCUUUUGGUUUUUUUUGUCCCCUCUUGGUUUGACCCGGAUGCAGAUUUCUCCCAGCAGCCUUAUGCAGUAAGACAGCGCCACUCACAAGACCAAACUCGCUGCCUUUUUAUGCGUUUUAUAUCUUACUUUCUUUUUUUUUCUUUGUGUGUGUUUUUUAUUGAAUGAAUGAAUGAAUGCUUGUCCUGGACAACGUGGCGUCUACUCAUUUAAUUUAACCGAUCCGGCAGUGAUGGAGAAGUUUUGUAAGUUUUUACACAUGGCUGACUUGUCCUUCGUGUUUUAAUAUCUGUAUUUUGUUUUGUAAAAAAAAAUUCAAAGAAGUCACUAAACUAUUAUGAAAACACUACAUUCUUAAAGAUUUAUCACAGCAGAAAGAAAGAAAGCACCUUUGAGGUUAAAUAUCUUCAUGCUUCACUGAAUGUUUUUGAGUUACUUGAAUCUGUUUAUUUAUGAUUAAACGUAGCAUUUUUUUUGUUUGUUUUAAUCACAUAUUGUCUCUUGAAGACUAAUACGACAUAUUAGAUUACACACCGGUAAAAGAAGGAGAAAGAAAAAAUCCUCAAGGGCUCUUUGAUCAGUGUUAACAGCAAUACAGCUUCCUCUCUGCCCCACAUCGACCUCUCAGACGUCUUCCUGCAGCCUGAUGGAGACAUUUAGUAUAAUCUAACUUCCUAUGUCCCCUUCUGAUGUCUCCAGCACUCAUCUUUGCCCAAAAUCAUCCUUCUUUAUUUAAAUGUCCUUCUUUCUCCAUGUUGUGAUUGAUUUCAUGAGUUCUCUUCUUUUUAUGGGGCAUCAAGAAUGGUUCACACCUUUUUUUAAGGUUGCUAAGGAGAUUUAUGUGUGUUUUUAAGGACAAUUUGUGUUGCCAAACAUAUAUAUGGAUGUCAGGAGUUGUGUGAACUACAGCAGUUUGCUGCUAGUUUUACUGGUUUUUCCUCUGAUGGUGGUGAAGUGGUGUUUAGAUUUUAUUUAGAAGUCACAGCAGAGUGGAGGGAGGGACCAGUCUGUGUCCUUUAUGAAAUAAUUUCAUCAAAAGGUGCAUAAAAAGUUUUAUUUUUCUUCCAUUCAUCCAUCUUUGUCGUUAGGACAAACGACCACUGUUUGAGUUGCUCCACGACUGCAACAAACGGAGUGCCUUGAAUCCCGCGUGGUGUUAGCAUAGAUGUAGAUUUCUCUUGUUACCGAACCUCAUCGUCCCCGAAAUCAAGCGAAAGCAGCAUUCCACGUCAAACCUCCACCAUCAGUGGGAACAAAGAAACUCUAAAAGUACUAUUUUGUGUCUUAGCUGCAUUUUCUGUGACUGUCACCAAAAUGGAUGUGUGUAUAUCUGUGAUUAUUUAUGAAUACAGUAUAUAAUGUACAGCAUGAUUUUUAUUUCAGCGUCUUUGAAAUGUACUUUUUGCACUUUCCAGGUACUAAAUUGUAACUAAUUGUUUUAUCUUUAGCCCCCUAAACUGUACAAACUGCUUUGUAUACACAAGUGGAAAAUGAUCAUUAAAGUCUUGUCUAAAUUAGA